UCCCACAUUUCCACUAAAAUUUCCAAGGCAAGACCUACUUCAGAAGCCUGCAAUGGACUACAAGGUUUUCUGCUUGGUGGCCAUUGCCCUAAUUGUGGGCUCCAUCAGCUCAGCCAGCGUACAGGCAGAAUCUACUAAAGAGCAAUGCUCUGUGGAACGAUUGGCACGUGUGAGCUGUGGAUAUUCAGGUAUCACACCAGAUGAAUGCACCAAAAAAGGAUGCUGCUUUGACAAUACUAUUUAUGACGCCAUAUGGUGCUUCAAUCCUCGUGUAAUUCCUGCUGAAGACCAAUGCUCUGUGGGACGAUUGGCACGUGUGAACUGUGGAUAUUCAGGUAUCACACCAGAUGAAUGCACCAAAGAAGGAUGCUGCUAUGACAAUACUAUUCAAGACGCCAUAUGGUGCUUCAAUCCUCGUGUAAUUCCUGAUUGCUAAGGAAAUGGAAGUUUCUGAAGAAUACAGUUUUUGCCAGUGGAGCAAUGCAACUAAGAACAGACCUUCAAUCAAACGUAUCCAUUAUAUAUUACAGACCCUUGAAUUCUUCCUGAUCAGUUUUCCCCCUUGAAAGGACUUUUUUUUUAUGUAUCGAAAUGUGUUACAGUCAGGUACUUGCGUAAUAAAAAUGCAAAUGGAAUCAAA